GUGAUUCAGUGACCGAACAGUUUGAUUGCAAUAACAUAUAACUCAAGUGACUGUUAGUGUUGUAAGUGUUGAGCGCUUUUGCCAUACGAUUGGUUCGUAUGCUUUCAACUUAUAUACAGUACUAUUGAAUACAUUGAUUGCAUUGAAUGUAUUACUUCAUCGCAUAUAAUAAGUGCUGACAUUUUGUUUGAAUAUUUGACUCAAAUUUGUUUUGCAAACUAAAUGAACCAAUAAUUUGAUGAAACAAUAUAUUAAUUAACUAUUGAUUUAACACCAAUUGGUCACACAAUUAACAUUUGCCAUCAUUUGAUGUAUAUAUUGAAGACAUAGUAUUUGAUGAUAACAUUUGUUGACAACAAUUAAAUCGCUUUAUUGUCGCAAAUCUGACGACAAGUCAAUCAUUUGAACACUUUUUAGUCAUUUUCAGUGAAUCCACUUUUCAGUGAAUCCACUCUUUCAGUGAAUCCACUCUUUCAUUGUUUUCAUUCAUUCAUUUCAUUACUUAUUUGUAUUAUAGUUACUAAUUGUAUAUAAGAUAAGAGACUUUUUUUGUAAUUAUAUUUAAUAUAAAAAAUAUAAGACAAUGGCUUCAAUUGAUUAUUUUGAAGACAAUGUCCAAGAAGUGCCUCACAAAAGCCGUGAAGAUAAUCACACUAACAAUGGUGCCAAAUGGGGUCAACAAGAAAAUGAAGACAAUUGGCUGAAUAAUAGACAAGAGUUGAACGAAGAUGUAAGUGAUAAGAGUAAUGAAGACAAUGACCACAUCAUCGUUGACAACACAUCACCGGUCAUAUCGAGUCGUAAAGAAAGAUAUCAGUAUUCAAAGGAACAAUUAUAUAAUAUCUUAAAGACAAAUCCAUUGUCUCGGAUUCGACCCAAUUGUUUGAGCAGUGAAUUCGUUGAUUCUGAAUCUAAUCUCUGGAAUCCUGAGAAAUGGAUGUCCAGUAAGUCUCCGGUUGUAAUUACAUCUUUGAAACAUAGAGACAGUAAACGCGAUGCAAAUGAGAGUUUGGCGAAAAAGUCAAAUAAUUUAAAAGAUAAGUUGAUUGAUGAAGACAACAGUAUUAUAUUGAGUCCACAGAGAGGAAGUUUCGGUACGGGCUGUCACGUGUCGACAACAACUACCGCCAGUAAUAAAGGUUGUGGUGAUGUUCCAAGAGAUAGAAAUCGAGAGAAUUAUAAUGAGAGAAACAAAUCAGAUGAAAAUGAUGUUCAACCGCGACAAAGACGUAUUGGAAGCGGAAGAAUCGUAAAUAAAGGAUCUGAUUGGAUGGAUAGGAGUUAUGAUAGGGAUAGAGACCGCGAAAGAGAUAGUAGUAAUAGGGAUCGCGAAAGAUAUGAUCACCGAAAUGUUCAAAGAGAUAGACGAGAUUAUUCAGACAAUCGAUUCGAUAUGGAUGAUAGAAAUGAUAGAAAUGACAGAAAUAGGGACCGAAAGUAUCAGAGAAGUUAUAAUUCAUCGGAUAAUUACUAUAGAAAUACUCGACAUAAGCACGAGGAGGAAGAAGUACCGGAUUGGUUCACUGAGUCGAUUGACAUCAAUGACAAGAUUGAACUUCAAGGUUUCAAAGAUGAUGACAGAGCCGACAACAAAAACACUAAACAAGUUGUAGAACCAAAUGAAGUCAAACCAAGAGAACCUAAAGAAGUGAAAUCACAAGAGAUUAUUAUAAAUGAUAAAUCAGUAAACAAAGAGAAUAACACAAAUAUAGAUGAUUUUGAUGUAAAUGCAUUGUUUAAGAAUAGCGAUUGGCUUACAAAUGGUAUAAUUGAUGAAAAAGACAUAAUGUCAUCAAUUAACAGAAUCUCAUCCAACACUGACUCUGAUGGUGAGCGCACAGAAAAAAGUCGAUUUAACCGCUGGUUUAAAACUAAUGAAAACAACCAAACGACGGCUCAAAAUUGUGAUAAUUUUCAACAAAAUAUGUUUCGAGACUCGAGAGAGAAAACUGUGACCAAUAGUGGUCUUCCAGUGACGGCAAAUACAAAUGAAGCACAGACUGCCUUUACUCCUGUAUAUAAUGGAAGUCAUAAUUUAUUGAAUUUACUUACGGCUAACAAUAUGACUCAUAUGUCAAUGGACACGAUGUCGGCUAAUAAGUUGGAUCUAUGCAAAGCUGUCAAUGUAUCUGAAAUUGAAGCAAAUUUUAAGCAAAAUAAUGCCAAAGAAGUUAAUAAUGACAGACAAGCAUUUGAAAAGAUAAUACAAGAAUUAAACAAAAAGACAGUACAAAAGUCAACGGAUAGAUCCGCUUCUAAUCAAUUAGAGUCCGAAAAUAGAUUGUCAACCAAUGCACAUCCAGAUCUUAAACACAAUAUGUAUACUUCUAUGGCAAAUGAAAGACAAUUAUUAAAUAUGCUUAAGAAUCCAAAUCAUAUAUCAAAUGAUACCAAUAUCGGUACUUCACAUAAGGUUGAUCCCCGAAGAUUUGUUAAUGUGGCCGAUAUUGAAAGUAAUAUGAAAGCAAUGCAUGUAAGAGAAAGUACUAAUGACAGGCAAUCGUUUGAAAAGAUAAUGCAAGAACUGAACAAAAAGAGUCAAUUAAAGUCAUCCGAAAGAAUGGAUAAUCAUAUUAACAAUGAAACUAAGAUCUAUCACAUCAAUAAUCAAAAUAUUGUUAUUCCUAAAACACAGCAAACAAUUACCGGCAAUUCUCCCACCAUUUUGGACCUAAUGAAAGAAGAGGAAUACAAGUCGAAGUUUUCAAACCAAUCUAAUGCUUCCACACCAAUACAACAAUUGAUAGCUCAAAGAAAUGGUAAUGUAUUUGUUAUGCCUCCACAGCAAAUGAUGAGAUCAGAGCAACAACAACAACAACUUCUACUUCAACAACAAAUUAAACUCCAACAGCAGCAGCAACAACAACAACAUCAGAUGCACCAACAGCAUCAUCAGCAACAACAACAGAUUCAACAUCAGCAGCAGCAACAGCAUCACCAACAAGCGUUGAAUUUGUUGAACUUACAGAAUAUGGCGAACCAAUUGAAUAGACAGAGACAAAGUCGACCACCAAAUGUGAUUCCUUCAAAUCAAGAGGUGAUUAACAAUACUAACUAUAUGUUAGAGAAAACAUUAUUAGAGCGAAAACUACGGGAAAUGUCUCCAACACUGAAAGCUCAAACAUUACAAGCUUUUCAAAUGAUGGACAACAAUACUCCUAAUAGUGGCAACACAUCAAUCAAGUCACCAUCGAUGGCAACUUUUUUGCCGACAUCAGUGCUUCGUAAGUUACACUCAGAGAAAAAUAGUACCGAUGCAACGUCUAGUCCAACUAAACCUCUUAACGAUUAUUUAACUGCAAAACCAACAGCUAAUCCAACACCAUUGAGACCAAUAAUUAAAUCAAAUAAUGUGAUGACAACUCCAAUGGCAUCUAACAGACCACCAGUUAUGCAGAACUUAACCUCAUCUCAGAUGUCAUUCAUUGGAAACAGUGAUCAGUCUAUCAACUCAUUGAUGGCAUUCCAACAUAACUAAGAUUUUAAAUUUUGAAUACUUUAAAUGUUUUACAUUGUAUGUAUGUAUCAGUGAUUCUCAAUUAAAUAUCAAUCAAAACAAUUAUAUCGAUGCUUAAGAUCUUUAAAAUAUUAAUUAAUAAAGAGAUACACUGUUUGU